AUGGAAUACGUAAAUAAACACGUGAACGGACACAAAUAUAAUACGCCAGUACCUCUUACCGCAGAAGUCAACAUGUUCCCGAGGCUGAGAUGCACUGCCGUUUCUUUCCGGCAAUUAUUAAGAACAAAGAGUAACGUGGGUGCGACAGUUACAAGAGCGUGUAGUAUAGAGACAAAGUGUUAUAAUGAACAUGAUCCAGCUCCAAUUUUCUUUGAUCAGAAAGUCCAGGAGCUUCUCAAGAGAGUCACUGGCAUGGACUUUGAUAAAAUAUUCAGAAGCAGAUUAAAUGAAAAAGAGUUGGAAGUGCCCAAGUAUGAAUUUCUCACUGACAGUGAAUUGAAUGAGGUAAGUUGCAAAGUUUGGAGACAAGAAAAACUCAGGAUGAUACUCAGAUAUUUUCACGGUGGAUAA